AUGUUGUUUAGAUUGGGUCUUAGAACUGCCGCUAGGCUCCCACGUGUCUCUCUUGGUGGUGUUAGAUGCUUGACUACAGAAACAACCAUCACAGACCAUGCUACUGGUAAGGUUAUCAAGUUAACCGACCCAGCACACCCAGAAAUGGCUGACUACCCAAACCCAGAGCCAGAGCUUGCACAGAACAAGGACCCAUAUGCCAAGUAUGACUUCCCACAGUUAAGAAGAAACUUCGGUGACAAAUUGAACUUCAACGACGACAUGUACGAUAUCUGGUCUCCAGACCACUUCCUGUUUGUGUCUGACAAGACUGCUUUGAAGCACAACGCCAUUUUCUUCUCCACCAUCCUUGCCAUUGCUGCUGGUAUUUACUUCCUUGAGCUCAACCCAGAGAAGCCUGCUAUGCCUAGAUCGUAUCCAUACAACGGUUUGGCCAAAGACUUGGGCUCUGGAUCUGAGAAGACCGACUACUUCUACAAAGUCAAGACUGAUGAGGCCGCCAAUGAGGCUGGUGUCUUGUCUGAUGACGCUGACGUGAAGGCCCAGCAAACGGCAUACGAGGACGCCAACGCUGAGUUCAUCAAGGCCUGA